AUGGUACGGGGAGAGGAUGAAGGCAUGAAUCAAGCUGCGAAACUCAAUAAUGUUCUUCGCCAUUUAAUGAAUCAACGUCAGGGUGGUUGUGGUGUUUCUUGUACUAAUUAUGCUACUAUUCUUAGUUGUUCUGAUGCUUGUAGUUAUCUUGCUUUUCUUCCUGGUAGUGAUUACAGUAGUUAUUAUCCUGCUGCUGUUGGUGCUCUUUUCGAUUAUGGUUGUCGUGAUGCUAAUACUGGUGGUAAUUGUGGUAAUUCUGCUAAUUCUGCUAAUUGUAUUUGCAAUCCUGGAAAAUAA